AUGGAAGCUCUCCUCAGAAGACGAGCGGUAUAUGUGUGCCAAAGCUGCGUUCGGAGCGCUCGGCAACCGCUCUGGCGCAACUACUCCAGUGCUCCCCCUCGACCGGAUAUCUACGAUGUGGUAUGUGUGGGUGGAGGGCCUGCUGGUCUCAGUCUCUUGACUGCUUUACGCGCAAACCCCAUCACCUCCCACCUCCGAGUUGCCCUUGUCGAAGCCCAAGAUCUCUCCAAAAUCAGAUCAUGGAGCCUUCCACCAACCAAGUUCUCGAAUCGAUGCAGCUCCCUUACGCCCUCCUCGGUCAAGUUUCUCGAGCAGAUUGGGGCAUGGGAGCACAUGGCCCGAGACCGGGUACAGCCAUAUCAGGAGAUGCAAGUCUGGGAUGGAGUAUCUGGCGCUAGGAUCGAAUUCGACUGGGCGGGUGCUGCCCCAAAUACCGGAACAACAAUUGCCUACAUGACAGAGAACUUGAAUCUGACGUCUGGUCUGCUGAAGCGGCUGGAGGAGCUUGGUGGAGUGUCUACCUUUGACAACGCAAGGGUGGAAAAUAUCACACACGGCGAGGAAACAGAGGAACUGGAUCUGCGGGAAUGGCCGGUAGUACAGCUGUCUGGGGGGAAGCAACUCUCUGCCAGGCUUCUGGUUGGGGCGGAUGGAGCCAACAGCCCUGUGAGGUCCUUUGCGAAUAUCGAGGCCAAGGGAUGGGAUUACAACCGCCAUGGCGUGGUAGCGACUGUGGAAUUGGAAGGUGAGGGCUGGGGUGGUGAGUUCACCAAGAUUGCUUACCAAAGGUUCCUACCGACUGGCCCAGUUGCCAUGCUGCCAAUGCCUGGAAAAUACUCUACACUGGUCUGGUCCACCACGCCGAGCAACGCGGCCCUUCUCAAGAGCCUCUCGCCGAAGGAUUUCACCGCCAUGGUCAAUGCUGCCUUCACGUUAAGUACAGUUGACCUGCAAUACAUGCACACUCAGAAAUCUGGACAAGAGGAAGAAUAUUCAUGGAGAAUGGAACACACUCCUGUGGACCACCGCGCAGUUCCUCAGGUUGUCACGGGCGUCCAGGAAGGCACAGUUGCUUCCUUUCCUCUGAAGCUACGACACGCGGACACCUAUGUUGCCGAACGAGUGGCCCUAGUCGGUGACGCCGCUCACACCAUUCACCCGCUUGCCGGUCAAGGUUUGAACCAAGGUCAGGGCGACGUACAAAGUCUCGCAAAGACCAUCGAGUACGCUGUUACACAUGGGCAAGAUAUCGGUGUGGGCAUGUCGUUGGAGUCAUAUGUUUCUGAACGAUAUGCCGCCAAUCACGUCCUCCUCGGAGUCUGCGAUAAGCUCCACAAGCUGUACUCCUUUGGCAGCGGACCUCUGGUGCCAUUGAGAUCGUUGGGGCUGUCCGCCGUCAACGCUCUCGGACCCCUGAAAACCUUUGUCAUGAACCAGGCGGCCGGGAAUGGGAUGAAGGUCUUUUGA